AUGUCACAGAACGGAGGCACAUGUCUCUACAAAGAGGCGCGAUUGAACAUUGAGCCCGCCUUCCCUGGGUCAACAAUCGCAUUCACCAUCCCAGCAUACUCUCCUUUCGCCGGCCGCUCUAGCAUAAAGCGUAGUGUUAUCACCGAGCAGUAUGUCGACAAGGACGAAGACGCCUUUACUAGGCGCCAUUUAGCAACAGAUGGAUCCAUGUACUUUCGGCGGCAUCAUGGCUACCCACGAAGCUUUCUUUGGCGCGUGCUGGAUAACAGAAAGAUGCUGGAAAUACAGUCAACAGAUUUAGACCACGACUCUACCGACAAGUUUGAGGCCACCCUCACGCUUCUUUUCCAGUUCCCUGCGCCAAUCCGCCCUUUCUGCGUCGCUUUCGCAGAGCCCGGCGACCGAGACGCCUUGACCAUUUUUGCAAUCACCACCGCCAAUGAGCUUUACACAAUCACGCUACAUCGCGACUUCUUUGCUACCCCCGCGGCUUCAGAGCAGGACCCAGAGACUUGGUGCAAGAGAGUCGAGCCGGCACUCUUCAGCGGGCGCAUACCCUUCAGGCUCGUCGCUGAAAGCGCUGAUGAAUUGCUAGUCACUCUAGACGAUGGAGCCAUCUGCCGCUUAGUGUGGGACAAGGCCAACGCCACCUGGGAUGGAUCGCGAUAUCAGCAGAACAACUGGUCGGUGCGCGGCCUUCUGUCUUGGAAAGCGCAACCCACUGUCCGGUUCGAGAAUGCGGAAUUCGCUACAUCUGCUGCUGCUGCUGUGGCCAUAUCGCCCGAGAAGAACCAUAUUCUUUCGGUCUGCUUAGAUCACACCAUACGCGCAUGGAAUAUUGCAUCAGGGAAGCCAGGCGCUCAUAUGGAUCUCUUGGGCGCCGAUGAAAUGUCUUUGGAGAAGUCGCAUACCUCAUACUCCAUUGGGCCCUCGCAGUCGAUGCUAAUGCAGGUUGUAGAAGUAAUCGGCGGAAUUGGAGGCGCUGAUUACCAUAUCGUUACGUAUUCGCCGAAGCAGCACCAGUUCAAGUUUUGGGGCGUCAGAGACGCAGAUGACGCAGAGUUGGGUUUCUACGAUGCUGCCGAGGACUCGGAUUUCAUUCCCCCGAUCGACGAGCUCAUGAAGACGACUGUUUGGACGCUGGAAGAAUUUCACAUUGUCCCCGGACCCACUGGAUGGAGAGGCUCAGAAAUUUGGAUCCGCGCAAGAUCUGGACCGAGCAGCAAAAUUUAUUCUUUGAAGUUCGAUCUCACCGAUACGCCAGAAGCACGAACCCAGGCCUGGAAGAACGAUUGGGUUUGUGUGGAAUCCGGUCCCUUGACUGUCGAUGCAUUGAGGGCUCACCCUGCCAACCCGAGUGAGCGGGACGAUGUCAUUGAUCAUGAUGAUCUUGACUCCACUGAGAAGUGGCUCGACUUCCUAUUCUACCCGGGCAGAUUUACCACCGCAACACUGGAAACUUCGUUGUAUAUUUACAAAAGAGGGCUCGAACAAGGCCGGCCAGGUCGAUCAUCCAGUAGGGGCUCGCUCAAAGAACGCCUGUGCGCUGCCGUCACUGCUCUCGCUGUGAACGGAAGCCGUGAGUCGGACGAAAUUGAGGAUGCUGUAGCUGCGCAAUGGCAAGCGUACUACAGCCUUGUAAAGGAUCUGCACAAGCGUAGAGGAGAAUCUCUUUCACUUGUGUAUGACCGGGAUUUGGGUAGGCCAUGGCUUGUCCUAAGUGACUACGUGUCUGCGAUACGAACUUGUAGCGAAUCUGAGAUCACCAAGCUAAACGCCAGCGUCAUCUCUAGCUCACGCACGCUGAGCAAACCACUCCACAAGACGUUGGACACUUCUGAGUCACGGGACGUUGCGCGGCUACUGAAUGCGGCAGCAUCCUUUAGACAGCGGCUGCCGUCGUUUGUUCAGCACGAGGUGCGAAGACAUUUGGAGAUGGACAUACUUCAGAGCCGCAACAUUACCAUCCUUGAUCGGAUGGAAUGGAUCGAAGCCAACAGUGAACUUUCACAGCAAGUAUCUGACGAAGAUGUCACCAUGCUUGUCGAAGAACUCGGUAUGGAGGUCAAGGAUCUCGGUACUGAGACAUUCCUCCGAGCCAUCAAGAUACUAGGUUAUGAGGAAGACGGCAAGCCCCGGCCAAGGAAGCAGAUUGCACGGUAUGGAUUGAGCGCCUUGACGAGAGUUUCUCAAGAAACCCUAGAAGGUGAUCGAGAUGUCUUGUUGGACCUGCUUGUUCUCCUGCUAUUCAUGUUCAUUGAGCUAGAAGGAGAAAGCCUUGAGGACUUUGAUGCGCCAGAGGUCUUUGCCGAGCUGAUUCUCCGUUACAAGGAUUGCUUGGUGGUAUCAUGGCUAGCUGGUACGGUUUGGGCUCACCAGAGCGCAACGGGGCUAGCAUCAGAAAACGUAAACCGGGCACUGAGCGAGACGCUGAAGGUGGGCAAGAAGCUGCCUAUCACGCAAACAGUUCUCGAAGGCGCUUAUGGUGGACGUGCGUUCGAAGUACCGUUACCGAAGGACCUGAAGGCUGAUUUACUUACGAAAUGGAGCCGGGGUUGGCUCACAUCGAUCUUCGAGGAGCACGAGUACGAGGCCGUGGUAGAAGAUAUCAUGGGCAUUCUACUGGCACAAAGAGAGUAUGAACUCGCCAUGGACUUUUCCAAAUUCCUUAUCGAAGGUUAUUGGGCGUCUUACAUGAGAGGUCGGCUGUACAUUGCCUUGGGAGACAAUGCGACUGCAUCAAUGUGCUUCCAGAAGCCUGCGUACACUUUGGCUCUCGGUGCCAUGUUCGAUGUGGCGGAACAAGACACAAUGGGCCUGGUGUCUGAAGUAGAGCGAAACUCGUUCUCCGAAGGUCUCGGCCAUUACUACAAUCACGUUGUUGGUCUGUUUGAGAGAGCCAAGGCGUAUUCGUACGUUGCGGACUUUGCCAAACUUGGCCUCCGGUCGUUGCUGGGCCAAGAGGAUGAGGGGCUCAAGACUGAGCUCCUUCAGCGGUUAUUCACCGCAUCCAUACAGACGUGUAGGUUUCAAGACGCAUACACAGCCAUGAUUAGGCAUAGUGAUGCAGCUUUGAAACAAUCCGACCUACAGACUUUGAUCACGACUAUGGUUGCCCAGUCACGCACUACGGAACUACUAAAGUUUCCAUUUGUGGGACUGGCAGAUACCGUGGACAACAUUCUGACGUCACUUUGCCAGAAGACGCUCAACAUCGCCUCAGGGCCUCCUUACCAUCAGAUUCUGUAUUCUUUCCGUAUCUCGCGAAACAACUUCCGGGGCGCGGCAUCAAUCCUUCAUGAGCGACUACAACGACUGAAGACGACUUCGUCAAAGGUGCAUGACCCAGCGGAUGAAUCGCUAGCACAAUGCUACCUCAUGAUUAUCAACACACUGUCGUCGGUCAGCAAAGAAGAUGCAUACAUCCUGGCCGAGCAACGCAUUGAAGGAACCGGGGGCCCGCCGCAAUGGGGUAUUGGCCAGGGCAAGAAGUUGCUUAAGAGGCAGAUUAUCACGCUGGAUACGCUCAGGAAGGAGUACCAGGCUGAGCUUGACCGUGUUGCGGCGAUUGAGAGUGGGCAGUUCCCGUUUGUGGACCCGAGCGAGGACAUGGAUAUCUUGUAG